UGAUGACCGUGUUUGUGUGUUCUCGCGAGAUGUGGGUGAGCGUUGAAGAUGGCAGCGGCCACGGUGGAGCAUGUUGUGGCUGAUGCUGCAGCUUUUUUGAGAAAAGCUCCUUUACACGAGAUUGGGAAGAAUAUUUACACUCUGAAGGAGGUUGUGAAUGAAAUCCGGGAUAAACAAACCAAAAGGAACUUGGCCUUCCUACCCUACCAGCUCAUCUAUAAAGACCCAUUCCCAGAGCAUGUGCGCUUUGUCACUGAAUUUGCCAAAAAGACAGGAGAUUACCCCAGCCUUUCAGCAACAGACAUCAAGGUCUUAGCUUUAACCUACCAGCUGGAAUUGGAGAAUGCUGGGGCAGAACAUUUGAGGAAAGCACCUGCAGCACAGGUUGAGGUAUGCAGCACACAAAGACACCCAGAAGCCCCGGUGAAUGUUGCUGGAUUCCACCUUCCCUCUAAAAAAUCUUCAAACAAAUUAGGCACUGAUGUUCACAGUGCAGCAGAGCCAAGUGUUCUUAAUGCUGCGGAGAGCUCAGAGUUUAAUAGUUUCCAGUUUUGGAGGACCCCACUACCUAGCAUCGAAGCUGAUUUGCUAGAUCUGUUGGCUGCAGAUACAGUUGUGGUAAAGGACGUCACAGAGAAACUGGAUUCUGUUGACUUGUCAAGUGGAGGUCAGAACACAGAAUCUCAAACAGAACUGAAGGAAGAUGGAGAAAAUGAGGAUGAAGAUUUAGAGGAAGAGGGGGAGGAGGAAGAUGAAGAGGAGGAAGAUGAUGGUGGAGGCUGGAUCACUCCCAGUAAUUUAAAACAAGUUCAGCUGGAUGCUGGUCACUCGCAGCACUCAGCUAAUGUGAAAGUGGGCUGUGUGACAACAGACUUUGCCAUGCAGAACGUUCUAAUUCAGAUCGGUCUCAAUGUUCUGUCAUUGAAUGGAAUGCUGAUCAAACACACAAGAAACUACAUCCUCCGCUGCCAUGCCUGUUUCAAAACCACAACAAACAUGAACAAAACCUUCUGUCCACAUUGUGGAAACAACACACUAAAGAAGAUUGCUGUGACCGUCAACGAGGACGGCAGUCUGCAGAUGCACUUCUCCAGGAACCCCAAAGUGCUGAACCCUAAGGGCAAAAGGUUCUCUUUACCUUUGCCACAAGGGGGAAAACACGGAAGUAACCCCCUGCUGGUGGAGGAUCAGCGCUUCCCGCAGCAGAGGCUGUCUAAGAAAGCUCGAGAGAAGACUGAUGUUUUUGAUCCAGAAUAUAUAGCAGGCGGCUCCCCGUUCUCGGAGCACGACAUCUACAGCAGAGCUGCUAACUUGCACAUACGCGACGGUCAGAGUGGAGGAGGAAGACGGCGGGCCAAUCCCAACGCCUCUCGCAAGAAAUUUGUGAAGAAAAAGUAAAUCUGUUCUUCUGAUAAUUAGAUAAGUUAUGGGAAGACCUCAAGAGAAGUUUGGAAUAAAAUUAAAAUGGCUUCCUUCAGAAAUUUCUAUUUUCAAGCAAUUACUUAAAACCAAACAAUGUAAAACAUUUAAAGAGAUGUGUCCUAAUUGUGAACCUAAUUGUGAACUUCUACUAACUAACUAGUUAUAAAUUAUGUAGUACAUCAUAGAGAUAAAACAUGCAAAGUUAAAUAUAUUCAUAUAUUUGGUAUACUCAAAACCGGGUGUUUUUGAGUGUGGUUACAAAGGACACCAUUAUCCCACAAAACAAAACAAAAAAAAUAUAUAUUAUAUAUAGAGUACGUUUUAGGCACCUAAGCAGAUUACACAUUCAUUUAUCUUAACAAUAUAAAUGUUUUUGCCUGGAAAAAAAGCACCACAUAUGAUUUAAACAGAUGCACAGUAAAAAGUAACAAGAAUUUAUCAUUUUAGGUAAGUAGGUUGUAUCCUGAGCCAAGCUGUAGAACAAAGUUUAAUUCCAGAUUCUCCUGGAUGCCCUCAGCCAGCAUGUGUAUAUGUUCAGUUCCGUGAGCAGCUCACCUGAUUUAACAUCAGUUAGAUUUAAUUUACCAAACCAGUUGUUAUGAUGAGAACUAGAAAUAAACUCUAUUAAACUCAGUUGGAGGAGAGAUUAGAUGUUUUAAGAAAAUUUGCUGCUUGUAUUUAUUGUAAUGAAAGUGUUUUACUGAGUUAAUAAACACUUACUGCCCAGAUAAGGAGCAUUUUGCUUACUUAAAAUUCCCACAGGUGCCUAAAACAUUUGCACAAUACUGUAUAUAUAAUACAAAUGUGGCAUAAUAUAGCAAGUGCAGUGGCAAACAUCCUGAACUUAUUUUAUGUACUACCCGGCUAAACCCCCACCAUUGUAAUGAAUAUAUAUUUUAUAACUAUUAGUAUUAGUGCUUAGUAUGCAAUUGGGACACAGCCCACAUCUUCAUUGAGUAAGUUCAGUCUGGAUUGACUGCUGAUGUUUGGAGUGUGAAGGUGUUUCUAUUCUCCCACCCUGAUAAAGAUGCUACUUAAAUAUUUUUAUGGUGCAUUAACCACUUUGAAAACCCCCCAUGUAUUUAUCACAGACUUGCAUAACUAGCAUGAGAAUUGUGCAAAAUAAAUACAAAAAAAAAUAAUAAAAACAUCUCAUUCAA